AACGUCCUGACUGACCGACUAAACGCGCCCUCGUCGACUCUAACCCUUCAUCACCACCACCACCACCACCAACCAUUACAUAGCACUACCACCGCACACGCUAUUCCUGCUGCUCUUCCCCCGCCCGCCUUCUGCUUUGUUCGCUCUUCAUCUUUCCACCGACUCUCGGCUCUUGUCUCACAUCCACCACACCGCAACAUGACUUCCUCCGCUCCCACCCAGUCGCAGUACACCACCGCCAAUGACCCCGAUCAUGGCUGGAAACCGAACAACCGCCCGCAAUCAACCGUAGCACGAAACUUCAUGUCGGAGCUGGACGAUCUGUUCAAGCUAGACAGCAGCAUCGACGUACUUGAUAAGAACGUGCAUCAAAAGAAACAAAUCGUCUCUAGCCAUUCACAGGAGCUCGAAGCCCUGGAAGCGAGGCUUCGUGAGACGGAAGAGCGCCUCAAGCAAGCAAAGAGCUCCCCUCCUCGCCGCAAAGACAGCCAACGUCGCACUCCAACCCAGGGGUCCUUCCCCGUCGAUGGCAAUGCCAGUGGUAGCCCUAUCGCGAGCCGACACAAGGAAAACAUGCCAGGUGCGCUGCCGCCAGACACCCCUUCUUCUGACCGCAGCGCUGAAUAUGUUUUCGUAGACCGGCCACUUACCGCCAAAAGCAACGGAGAGAAAAUCUGA